AUGGAAGAAAAUAAAAGGAAAGACAUAUUUACUGGAGAGCAAUCAUUCUCUCAGUUGAGUUCUGAAUUGGAUACUCAGGGUACCCCAGUGGGCGAGAAAACACCGUUGUUUUUUGAAGGACCUAGCUUAGAUGUUUCUCCUAAUGAUGCAUCGAGAUUUUUGUCUAAUGAGAGCGGUGAUGUUUCCUUUGGUAACAUGUCAGAGCUUAAUGUUGCUACCGACCUUUUAGAAUCUUUAGAUUUAAGGAGUAUGUACAUGCAGGGUUAUGGUCACAACAAUGCUUUAUAUAAUUCAUCCCAAAGUCCCACAAGAAAGUCUGGUGGCUUCUCUAUGGGACGACGUACAAAUCCAUCUAAUGAAGAGCGAAUUCCUAGUUUAACUUACACUACCGGAAGCUCAAAUGUCUCUUCACGACCUUCAAUGUUUAAAGAGGACGGUGUAUCCGAUAUUCAGGAUGAUCAAUCAGCAGAGAUUUCUCAAAGGAUCGUUUAUUCCGAAGGCGAUGCUUCGCGAGAUGAUUCUUUAGAUAAAUCCGAUUUUAUUUCAUCUGCAUCUUCACCCAAGAGUACACCAGUUGGCUCUUUGUCAAGACCAGAUGAUUAUUCUAAUAAAGCAGAAGCAAACGGUAGGUUACCUCGUCCAGCUUCUAGUAUUGGUAAGCCUCUGCCACCCCUUCCCUUUUCUCCGGAGAGGGUUUCUCGAGCUCUACCACAUACGCCGCAAUUGCUCUCUUCGAAGGUUAAUUACGAAAUGCCAUCCGAUGAUUCUUUAAAGAACGAAACUGUAGACUAUCAUCCGCAACAUCCCCUUGCACCCAUUCAAGAAGCACCAGUGGAAGAUACCACUGAACAAGUUUCGGCGUCUGUUUUUGAAGAUGAUGCCAAUAAGUCAUUAGUUUCUUCUGACAGUCUUCGUAAGAAAGUACAAGCCAAACUAGAAGCUAAGCGUGCUUCUGAUGGAAGUUUCUACCUAAGCUCAUCUCAAGACAAUGACGAAUUUUCGAAAGAAUCGAUGAGCAAUGAACAAAUUCCCAACAUUUUAGAAGACUAUGUGGAUAACAAUGAAAAAAUAAUUACGAAUGAUUAUUGUCAAUCUCCUUCGAAGCGUGGUUCAGUUACUUAUAAAGAGGUUCCUCGAUAUUCGCUCGCUGCUGCGAAGAUUAAAUUUAGUGUAGCUAGUCAACGAGGUCGCAUCAAAAGCAGCUCCUCCAUUGAUAAUUUAAGUGCUAUACUGGAUUCAGAUGAACUUCACCACAAGCCAAUAACUCCUAUUCCUGGCUCGAAACGUACUUUUAGCAAUAUUACCGCAAAUGAUAUCGCAGGUCAAUCAGAUUUUGCUCCGACCAGUCCGCAAUCCGAGAGAGAAGGAGCAUGGAACGUUUCAGAAACGGGAACUGUCGCUUAUUACGAGCCAACUUUUGAUGUGUCAGACAAAAUCGAUGAAGUUAGGCAAUCUACACCCGUUUCAGAUGAAGAGGCAAUUAAUCGGUCUAAAUCCUUGGAAAUUGAUCGCUCAAAAUCCAACCGCAUAAAUAAGCCUAAAGUCGGAUCUGCAGCUGUUGGAGUUGAGAACGUUACUCCACGACCAUCAACUUCGCUGGGUUUUGUCAAACGAGAUAUUUUUGAAGAUAAGCCUAAAUCUUUACCAAAAAGCGGCCGCUUCUUUAUUCAUUUAAAUUAUUUUCGACACGUUUCCUCGCCUUUUGUUGGCGAUCAGCCGGGUAUGAGAAUAAGCGUAGUUACGCCUUCUCAAAGUGUUCAACUUCCAUGGCAAGUGAACAAAGGUAAUGAUAUAUUGGACCAUGAUUUCACCUUUCCCGCUGAUGAUAAAUUUACCGUCAAUUUCAUGUUUUUUGAUAUGCCGCACCGUAAUACUCGAGAAAAGGAACAAGCAAAUUCCGCAAAGAAUGACUCAGAAGCUGUUAAUGUGGAGAGCAAAUCGAAAACAAAAAGACUUUUUGAACGUCUUUUCAAUCGACGCAAAAAAAGAAAACUAUCGAAAUUUAGUUCUUUAAAUGGGGGUAAGCAAAAACCUGACUACUUGGCCAGAGUAUCAGGAAUGGCAACUCUGACAUUGUCUCGUGUUAAGAAUAAAUGCUCUGGUAAAGUUUUAGUUACUGAAAUUCCCAUUAGAUUACAGGCCAUAUCUGGUAAAUCCGAUCUAAAGCUGAACGAUGUUAUAGGAAACCUUUCAUUGAGUUGUCUGUAUAUUCCGGAGCUUGCCAUUCCAGAAUCUGAAAUGCCUAUAACAUUAAGUCAAGCUAAUCAAGAUCUUCGACAUGUUCGUCAGAGCUAUAUAUACAAAGAAGGUCAUGUGUAUAUACUGGAGGGUACGUCUGUUCGUAGACGAUAUGCAGUUCUGUCUUCCAAAAAGAUUAGUUUAUAUACGGACAAAGGUGGUGAUUUUCUUUUAGGCUUGAAAGCUGUUGGAGAUGCAAGGAUUUUAUCUAUAGCGGAUUGUGACAAAGAAGUAUUAAAUCUAGGAAUUACUAUGGGAAUCCUACUUACUACCGAUAAAGGGGUUCGCGUGAAGUUUUACUCAGAAUCUGAGAAGGAGUGUACAAAAUGGUUUGAGGUACUUAAUACACAUUCAUUGGUAUUAGAAAGAGGAAUUCAGACACCCUGGCUUCAAGAGUUUGUUAAGCUUAUUCAAUAA